UAUCAAUUCCAUUCAUUGUGCUUUACUACACAUUCGUUGAAAAUCCAAAAUCCAUAGACGUGAAGAAAAUUUGUGUAUUUCAUAUUCAAAAUUAAAUUUGUAGUGUCUAAUAAAACUAAUAAAUACAAAAAUAAGCACAAGUCUCACAAUAAGUGAAAUACCAAUAAAUAAAUUCGUACAGCAUAAAUAUUAAUUAUGGACCAAACCAACAUGAUUUAGUUCAUCGUAACUACAUAUUAAAUACAAAUUUUGUCGGACAUACAGCACAAAAAAAUAGCAACGCAUAAUAUAAUAGAAGUGUUGCGAAAGGCGAACUUGAAUUGGCAUUAAAUGGGCGAAGUGCGCAACAAUCGCACAAAGGAACUAAAGCAACAACAACGACAGCAUCACCAGCUGCAGAGGCGUAAACAUAAAUGUGUAAUUAGUUGAAUUACACACACACGCACACGAUAAAAACAGUAAAUAAUUUUCAAAAAGUGAAUAAUUUUGAAAGUGAACAGGACUCUUUUAAAGUGAAAUCAACUAAAAAGUGUACAAUAUAAAACAAGGAAUAAGUGAAACAUUUACAGCAAAAAAAAUACUUGGAAGUAUCAAUCUAGUUAAACAAUUUUAUCUCUUGGCAAACAUUAUAAAAAAAAAUCUUUGAAUCGUCGAUCGUGUAUUAAAAGGCGCACGCGUCCAGUACUUUACACAUUAACAGCUUAAUAAUAUUGUGAGUGUGCGUGUGUGUGUUUAUAAAUAAAGUUGUGCGAGCACACAUCGGAUUUCCGUCUCAGCUAUAGCCACCGUUGCAGUGACUUGUACACAUGUGAAUCAGUUGCAGGAGUGACUGGUUCCGAAGUCCAUAUAACAUAUAAUUUUUCAAGAAAUAUGCGUAACAUUUAAAUACCAGUAACUAACAUAAUUUGCAAAAUAGCAAAAGCGACAUCUAGUCAAAGUGAACCAAAUCCUAAUUUCCGUUUCGACAUUGAUACCGUUCCCUCGCUCACUCAUAAACCCCGUUCAGUCCAUUUAUCCUUAUUGAAGCAUUUCAAUAAAUAUUACAAACGCGAUGUUUACGGGAAAAUUACAAUUGAAAGUGUGUGAGGCGAUCGGUUUGCGACCAACCGACUUUCAAAAGCGCCACAAUUUGGCAUUUGGAAAAUUAGGGGAUGAUCAACCGAUCGAUCCUUAUAUUUCCAUUGACGUCGAUGAUAAUCAUUUUGAUCGCUCGACAACGCGACCGAAGUCAUUCGAUCCAGUAUGGAAUGAGCAAUUCAUACACGAUGUGACUAAUGCAAAGAACAUUAACUUAACGGUAUUUCACGAUGCAGCACUGCCACCGGAUGACUUUGUUGCCAAUUGCCAAAUACCUUUCGAAGAUAUUAUGCAAAAUGAAACAGGUGUGCUUGACCUAUGGGUAAACUUAGAGCCACAGGGUAAACUACAUAUUAUAAUCGAAUUGAAGAACCGAGUUGAUUCUAAUAAAGAUGUGGCAGUAGUGGUUCAGGCCGUCACCCAAAACAAGGAAUUCAAAGAACGCGUUGGCUUCAACCGUCGACGCGGUGCCAUGCGACGACGUGUUCAUCAGGUAAAUGGACACAAAUUUAUGGCAACUUUUCUUCGUCAGCCGACUUUUUGUUCACAUUGCCGCGAAUUUAUUUGGGGAUUUGGUAAACAAGGCUAUCAAUGUCAAGUGUGCACCUGUGUUGUACAUAAGAGAUGCCACAGUUCCGUGGUCACCAAAUGUCCAGGCAUGCGCGAAGAGCAAAACACCAUGGAAAUGGCACCAGCCGGCCAACGUUUCAAUGUGAAUAUGCCGCAUCGCUUUAUAAUGCAUAACUACAAACGUUUUACUUUUUGCGAUCACUGCGGUUCACUAUUGUAUGGUCUGAUCAAACAGGGUUUACAGUGUACCCAGUGCAAUAUGAAUGUGCAUAAACGCUGUCAAAAGAAUGUGGCCAAUACGUGUGGCAUAAACACAAAAGAAAUGGCCGAAAUACUUAGUUCGCUGGGUAUUUCGCCGGAUAAGCAGGCACAACCACGCCGUUCAAAGUAUUUAAAUCAACCGGGCGGUGAUGAUAAUUAUAGUUUGAGUGACCGUAGUGAUCAGGGUACGGAGAGCAGCACUUCCACACGAAGUUCGAUGAUGUCGGAGCGUUCGGUUACAAGCACUUCAACUGCCAUAACCGGACUCAGCGCCAUUACAGGGCAAUAUUUUGAAUCUCGUCCAGGAAAGACUUCAUUAUCAGACUUUAAUUUCAUCAAGGUAUUGGGUAAAGGCUCAUUUGGUAAGGUAAUGCUGGCCGAAAAGAAGGACACCGAAGAGAUUUAUGCGAUUAAGGUUUUGAAAAAAGAUGCUAUUAUACAAGAUGACGAUGUUGAUUGCACAAUGACGGAGAAACGUAUUCUGGCUUUGGCCGCUAAUCAUCCAUUUUUGACAGCAUUACACUCAUGUUUUCAGACUAAGGAUCGUCUAUUCUUCGUGAUGGAAUAUGUGAAUGGGGGUGAUUUGAUGUUUCAAAUACAGAAGGCACGCCGCUUUGAGGCUGCACGUGCUGCUUUCUACGCCGCCGAAGUUACGUUGGCACUCCAAUUUUUACACUCCCAUGGUGUUAUUUAUCGCGAUUUGAAACUGGAUAAUAUACUUUUAGAUCAGGAGGGGCACUGCAAAUUGGCCGAUUUUGGCAUGUGCAAGGAGGGUAUUAUAAAUGGUGUUUUAACAACCACAUUUUGUGGAACUCCCGAUUAUAUCGCACCUGAAAUACUAAAAGAGCAAGAGUAUGGCGCAUCCGUCGAUUGGUGGGCGCUGGGUGUGCUCAUGUACGAAAUGAUGGCCGGUCAACCACCGUUCGAGGCCGACAAUGAGGAUGAAUUAUUCGAUUCAAUUAUGCAUGACGAUGUAUUAUAUCCGGUUUGGUUGUCUAGAGAAGCUGUAUCCAUUUUGAAAGGAUUCCUAACGAAAAACCCCGAGACACGUCUGGGGUGUUCUGGCGAUGAGAACGAGAUCCGUAGACAUCCAUUUUUCGGUAAAUUAGAUUGGGAUGAAUUGGAAAAGCGCAAUAUUAAACCACCUUUUAGACCAAAAAUGAAAAAUCCACGGGAUGCUACCAAUUUCGACACAGAGUUCACGAAAGAGGAACCAGUACUCACACCGGUGCCCAACGAUGUUAUACGCUGCAUUAAUCAGGACGAAUUCGCUGGAUUCUCAUUUGUCAAUCCGAAAUUUGGACCUGAGCGUAAAGUAUUUUAAGUCGUUUUUUUUUAAGUGCGCGCAUGCGCCUGAAGUGUUUAAACUUCUGUGGGAAAAAGCUACGAUGCAAUGCAAAACUCUUGCAAAAUCAUGAAAGCAGCAAAAACUACUACUACUAUUGUGUUUGUUCUUUUAUUAUAAUGUGUACGUAUGCACACGAACACACAUACAUGCACACAGUAUGUACACAAACAGACACACAGGGUCGCCAGUUGGAACAAAUUAAUUUUAUUUUAUUUAUUUAUUUAUUCAUUAUCAAUUUUCGUGUGUUGCCAUUUAUUUAAGUAUCGAAACAUUCGCAUUAUGUCGACAAUGUUUGCAUGAGAAAAGUGUAUAUGUGUGAAGAAUACCUGUGUGCUAUAUUGUUUUACGCUGUUAAUUAAUGUGCAGCUGCAAGUUUUAAAAUUGAAAUACGCGAAAAGUAAAAACAACAAAUAAAAUAUGCUUAUAUUGUUAACGCAACAAAAUCUACUCGUAGUAUUCGUUAGGCAAAUAAAUAAAUAAAUCUAAUAACCAAUAAACGUAGAAAACAUGGUUGAAUAUAACAAAAACAAAAAACUAUACAAUAACAAGCAGGAGACAGUGAUAGGAAAUGUAAAAAAUCUAAUAACCAGAAAAUAAUUAAUAACAAACAAACAAAAAAAAAAUGAAAAAUAAUUUGCUAACUUUGGUUUAGGUAUUUUAUAAUGUAAGUCAAGCUACUAACAUUGCAUUAAAUUUAAAUUUAUUGGAAAUCUUAGGAGUGUGAAUUUAAAUACUUCUUUUUUCUGAAUAAAUCAAAAGCGAGAAACACUUCUGGUUUUGCCAAACUACAACAUUUAAGCUUCCACCGAACACAUGUUAUUUUACAGAAUUUUUCGGUAUUUCUUGUGAAUUGGCUAACCAGUUCAUCGUACCAUUGCUACUAAUAUGUAGAGGCAAAACACAACAUUUUCCUUAUUGACUUAGUAGUUCAAUUAUAGAGAAAGGCAAAGAAACUCGCAUCGCCAUGUUUUCCAAUUGUAAUAUUAAUUUGUUUUAUUUUACUCAAAUUCGAGCAAAUGUAUGUGUCUGCAACGCGUUAUAUAGUUGUUUCUUUUUUAAAUAUACUUUCAUUGACAGCAAAUGAAGGAGUCAAAUUUCUUCAGUAUUCUUAGAUAAUUUUCGACAACUCAUACUGGUCGAUAAUUCUUAAGUUAUGCCGCCGGAUUUUGAACAUUAACGAUCAAUCAUGUAUGUUUGCUCUAAAAUAUUCGAAAACGUUCAUAAUUAGACAAUUCAAGAUCGUUUACAUGUAUGGUGACGUAAUGAAAAUUCGUUAACAAAUAAUGAGCAUUAGUCGCUUGCAUUGCUUUAUUAUAUUGGUAAUUUUAUGUGUUGAUAAACUUAGCAUUCAACGAAAUUAUAAAGAAAUCAUUUAUUUAUUAUUGUUAAUUGAUGUUGUUUUCAAUUCUAUAAAACAUCGAAUGUAAAGUGUCAUUCGUCAAUCUAGUCAAAAUGAGUAUAAAAACGCACGCACACCUAUAUAAACACACAAACACAUAAGAGAGCUGGUAAUAAUUAUUAUGCAAAUGCAUUUGAAAUACCAACACAUCUACACACUUAUUUGUGUAACAAUUUUAUUUAUAAUUUUAGUUUGUAAUGUUCAAAGAUGAAUUUAGUUUAGCAUUUUAUUAUUUGUGUUUAAUUAUAAGUAUUUACAUUGUUUUACAAGCCAAGCGAACAAUCAGAACUUUUUUCAUUGGCAUUUUGAAUUUUUCACAACAAUUAUAACAUCAUUUAACUGUAAAUUAGUGAAAACGAAUUUGAGCUGUAUUGCAAGCGUAGAGUUUACUAUUGGAAACUGGACGAAGGAAAUUUAUUUGAAAUAAACUUAUAAACUCAAUAUUCUUACUUAACUUAUUAUUCUUUCUUAUAUUAACAUAUUGAGGAAAAUUAUUAAAAGAAAGUAAUUGCUUGUGGCUCUCAAAAUUUUCGUAUAAAUACAUGGAUAGGGUUGCAGACGUCCUAUAAUACAUAUAUAUUUAAUAAUAAUUAAUAAUUUUGUUUCGUGCCAUACUGCUAUCACAUUUUGCUAUUUUUCUUUUUUGUGUUUUUACCAACAAUUUCUUUAAUAAUUAAAAAUAUAUUUAAUUGCUUUACCGCUUAAUAGUUGACAGUGUCUUGUAUUGUUUCAGCUAUUUGCAUUUUAAUGUUAACACGCACAAAUAUAAAUGAGUUGCAUUAUUUGAAAAAGUAUUAAAAUGAUAUUAUCAAUUGUUUGUUAUCUUUUGGUGUAUUUGUAUUUAAAAUGCAGACAAACAGAUUUUUUGCUAGUGUAAUUUGUGUUUUCUAAUUAAAAUAAACGGAAACUUUUAAAUUUCUCGCUUACAAGAUUUUUUAAAAGCUUUCGUUGUAAAAUAUAAUAAAAAUUAUUUUAAAUGAAGAUAUAUUUUAAAGUAAUUAUAUUAUAUAUUGUUCUUUAAUGGGAAGCAGCGAAACGAAAUAGUCAAAAUAAUCAAGAUUAGCAAAUUGUAAUGCCAAUAAUAACAACGUUAUUAAGUGUUUGAAUAGAAAAUUGUCUACUGCAAAUAACUCAAUAAGUUUGCAUAAACAAAAAGUAAUUCGAAAAAAAAAUUAUUAAAAUGAAAAAUGAUGAAAAUAAAAACAACAACAAACAGGAAUAAUGUGAAAAAUUAUAUUUAAUUUUAUAUGCCAAGCAUUAUGUAUUAUACAAAUUCUCAACAAAACAGUUCAAACAAAGUAAAUAUCAUAAAUAUAAAAUAAUGAAAGUGUUCUACAAGCUGAUUAUUAAACAUAAAAAAACACAAAAACGUAUGCAUAAAUACACAUUAACUUAUGCUUGUAAGGAUGUACAUACUACAUACAAGCAUAAAUAUUUUAGCUGCGGCAGAAAACAACAAUUUAGAACAGUUGUGCAUGCUGCAUAUGCACAUACAUAUAUAAGUACGUAUAUGCAUGCAUAUAGAGAUUAAAAACCAAAAGCGCAUAGAAAAAACAAGAACAAAAUAAAAACAAUUAAAUGUUAUACAAAGCAACACUAUUGGACAGUUGAAUUGACAUUCAACAAACAAAAAUUACAAUGUACGAUAACUAAUUAAAACACAUGGUUAAAUGAAACCGUCGGUAGCGGUUAAGAAUUUUAGUUUUUAAACAAAAAGUAAGAGAACACAAAUUAUUGCUAAUCAUGUCUGUAAAAUGAACUAUUUCAUAUGUAUUUAAUAAACCUAAACACGGCUAAUAUGCGUGAGCGGCUCUUGGGAAAGUUGUAUCCACAAAUACUUGUACAAGUUAAUAACAAACAAAAAAAUACAACAAAACAGAAGAUGUAUAAUUUAACAUUGAAUUUAAAACCAAAGACUCAAAAUAAAUACAAACAUACACAUGUAAUUACAUACGUUUAUGUACAACUUAGCAACAUUAAAGGUAACAUACAAAUAAAUAAAAAAAUAAGUACUAAAAACAAAACAAAAACUUAAGUUCGCACAAAAAACAUUUGGCGCAAAUGUGUAUAUACAUAUGUAUUAAUAUAUAUAUACAAUUUGCACCGGUCCAGGUAUGAUAUCGCAUCUAAGGAUUUGCAGCACUCUGCAAUUAAUAUGCAAUGGUGCAGCAAAAAAAUAUUAUGGUAUGAUAGCGCGUUAAAGUUACGUAAAGCAUAUAUGUUUAAUUGACAUUUCAUACCUUCAUUUCAGUUUAGUUUUCAAUGCAUAAAAACAUAACCAAUUUCAUAGAUUCGAUAAUUUAACAAUUAUAAGUUGUGAGCGCUGACAGCUGGUUUAGUAAUCCUUUUUUAUAUAUUCUUUUUUUGUUUCUGUAAUUCUUGAGGGUGUUAUAAAGGUUAAGCUAAUGCAAAGCUAUAACAAAAGUUUAGAAGCUUUUUAAGCUCUCGCUUGAAAAAAAUAUUGGGAAAAAAACGUUAUCAUGGUGCAGUGUUAGCAAAAAAACAGAAGAAAAUCAUAAUAAGCCAUUAUGAAACAAGAAAAUAAUUACUAAAAUUGCUAUAAAUUGUAAUAAUUUAUGUACAAAAAAAUUAGCAGCAUUUGUGUGCAAAAACAUUACACAUACACAAAUAUGUGCGAAAUAGGAAAAAGAAAGCUAUAAAAUAAUUGUGUAGAUUGAGCAUGUAGCAACGCUGAAUAGCAACAAAAAAACAAUAACAAACGGUACUAGUAAAUUUGGUAAAUUUAAUACAUACAUACAUACAUAUAAAUAAAUGUUGUUUGAGGCAGUGAAUAUUUGUAAAAUUCAAUAAAACGUAAUACAAAUGAAACUCAAUGGAAUAAUGUUAAAUAAUUAGAUUAUUAGGUAGCUAAAAUGUGUUGAUAAAAACAAUAUAGAUUAUAACAAUGAAAGCCAAGUGAGAAAAUCGUUAACUAAGGUCAUUGCCGCUUUCUAUGUUGUUUGACAUUUGUCUAAGAAAUUCGGGAAAGCCUAAAUUUGAAACUUUUUAAAAGAAUAUGUGCUCCGAAAUGUAUGCCACGUACUCAAUCACUAAAGUAUUGCAAAAACACAAAUUUUAAGAUAACACACAAAUAUUUUCAACUGAUUUGCCACAAAUAAUAUGCUCUCCAUAGUUUACAAUUACCUUGGUUGAAAAAAUAAGAAAUUCAGUAAAUUCGUUUGCUAUUAAAUAAGAUGUUGUCUUUGACAUCAAUAUAUAAAAAGAAUUUUAAUGUACAGUUUUUCAAACUCCGCCCUAUUUCUAUACUAUAACAUAUCGCGUCAACAUUUUAAAAUACAUACAUAAAUAACUUUAUACAAAGGUACCUUACUUUAUCGAUAGGGAAAUAUUUAGCUGCGUUUUUCGAUACUCUUGGGUUACUUUAGAAAAUGGUAAAAGAAAGUAACGGUGGAAAUUCCAUAAAAAAACCCUUAAAAUUUAUUCACUUAUUGGAAACAUUCAAGUACUAGUUGAUGUAUAAGCUGCAUAAGAGCGGUUAUUGGCGAGAAGAAGAGAACGAAAAGGAAAAUUUUAGAAUUGACCAACAAAUAAUAUUGGCCUAAUAUACAUAUAUAUUCGAUGUUUACAAUGAAACACUAUUGUUAAUCGAAGCUUACUAUUUUUACAUUUAUGAUAAACAAAUUCAAUAGACAUAGAAUAUCGACCCGAAUAUUACGUUUUCCCACCUUUCAGAAAAUAAAGCACACAUUUCUAAAUUUGAUUGAAUAAGAAUUAUUUUAAAGCGUUAUACUGAGAUAACUUCAUAAAACUGUACCAUAAUGCGUUACUUCAAUUGCAUACUUUUUUAUAUAACCAUCCCAUUAUACUGCCAAGUAAACAUAAUUUUUGAUCCUUGAAAUUGUGUUUCAUUGUUAAAUCGCUCGAACUGGCUGUUCUUCCAAGUGACACCGACAUUUUGAAUAACCCUCAAAAAGAAUUGUUCAGUUAAAUUAUUAUCAAUAUGCUUGCCUUCACUAUGUCUUUGUAGUCAUGACGCUUCAUGUUUCCCGUAAUAGUUCUUUAUUUAUUUCGUUAUUACUUAAUACUAUAUUUUUUUACGAUUGUAAAUGAAUGUCGUAAUAAUAAUUUUGAAGAAAAGGACAUACAUACAUACAUACAAACUUUAUAACAUAUGUAUAUGUAUUAUAUUUGUACAGCUCUGCAAUGAACCCCAAAACAAAACAGAGCAAAAUCAGUAAGUUUAGUAUAUAAAUUAAUUACAAUUUUUCAAAUAAAAAUAUGUAAAUGAAUGUUACUAAAAAGUUAUUAUAAUGAUUUAGAGAAAUAAUGAAGCAAAAUAGAAAAUUAUACGGCCAAGAAAGAAUAAAAAAUAACUGGAGAAAUCUUGCUGUUAUAUUCUUCAAUUCUGUUAUUUACAUGCAUACAUACAUUUUAAUAAUUAACUAAGUACUACAAACUACAUUCAUAAAUAUUUACUAUGACCAUUAAGCGUAAUUAUGUGCAAAUAAUUGCGAAAGUCACCUACUUUUCUAUCACCAAAGCAGCAUUAUAAAAUUUUCAUGUACCUUUGCUAACGGAAACAAAGAAACAAUUAAGAGUUAUAUUGCAAACUCGAACUAUCCACUACUAAGAGUAAAUAAAAUGCAUAAAACGUUUAAAAGUGCAAUAUAGAGAAAAUUAUAAUGAAAGAACACAUAACGUAGCAACAUAACUUAUCCAACUGAGAAAGUAUAAACAAAAAAAAACGUAAUAAUAAAUAUAAUGAUAUAAAAUCAUACAUACAUAAA